AUGAAAGAGGAGGGGAGUUUGAUGAGGGUUUUGUUUUGCAAGAUCCACUCUUCUUUCGUCUGCUUCUGCAAACCUGGUAACGCACAUCUCUACAGUUCAUCAUUGAAAUUGGAAAAUGCUCCAAACAAAGAAGUUGUUCAUUCAACAUUUGUUGGUGUGUCGUUAUUAUCUUCUGAGAAUGGAGUACUAGUCAAGAGCUGCAUGAAGAAGAAGAAGAUCCCUUAUGAUGGCAUUGACAACAAAGAAAUAGGAAAGAAGAGAGUGCAAUGGAUGGAUAAAUUAGGCAAACAACUUGCUGAGAUCAGGGAGUUUGAAGCCAGUGAAACAGGUGGAGACAAGGAGAGUGAAGAGGAAAUCAGCCGCUGUAUUUGCAUUAUUCUCUGA